AUGUCUGCCGCGUCCUCCCAAAGUGGAGGUCUGCGCGUCUGGAUUUCUUCUCCCGUGCCGUGCCCAAGUCUGUCUGUCGCUGCAUGCGCGGUCGGCGGGGUGUCUGGAACGCACGCGAAAACGAACGACUCCGCUCCUCCUCUCGUUUCCUCCUCUUCCAGCCCGUCUCCUCGCGCGAGCUACGCGUUUCGCGUCCCUUCUUUGGGGCUUUCGCCCAAACUCCACUCCGCGCCAGCCUCUCUCCAGGCAUUCGAGUGUCACUAUCGCUCGGCUCUCCAGUUCCUCCUUCUCUGUGAACGCGUCCUUCCUCUCGCGGCGCCCUCUCCGCAGGAUGUCUCACUUCCCAGCCUCCCCAUCUCUGUCUGUUCGGGAUCCGCCGCCGUUGCGGCUGCGGCAACAGCCUUCUUGCCUCCGCCCAGCAACGCUGGCGGGGUCGAGGGGGGGGUGGAGGCUGCACGCCCCACGUCGGUCAGCGACGCCCCGCCGGGGCCAGAAGGCCCCGCGGCGCCCGCCACCGUCUGGCUGGAGCCCUACCCAGCUGCUGUGUGGAAGAAGCACUUGCCGGCGCUUCGCGCUCAAGCCGCAGCCUCUCUCGCCGCGCGGUGCAGUCUCAUUCUCGCGGCGGCUUAUGGCGUUCUGACGUGUGAGAGGCCCUGCGAAAAUGCCGCCUUCGUCACCGUUUUGAGUGCUCUUCUGCAGCCGCGCGAGGAAGAAGCGCGAGCAGGCUAUCCGCUCAGGCGCGAAGGCUGGAGGCAGCGUGCGUGGAGACUACAGUGCGGACUUGAGGAGGGCGAGGGGGCGGAGGCCGAGAGGAGGCCUGGUGUCUCCUCCUUGUCUGCUGGGAGAUGCGCCGGGCGUGCGGAAGCUCCAUUCUUUUUCUCGACUUCGUUUUUCGCGGGCUUCCUCUCUUCGUCUCUGGCGUCUCUGCUUCGGACCGCUCCACUAGUUCUGCCCUUCUACCGCGGCCGCAUCACCACCAGCUGUCUCCCUCUGCUGCUCACUCUCGAUCGCCGCGGCCACUGGGCUCCGCUCCUUCUCCACCUUCUCCGGUACGUCUAUACACUCCUGCUCCAUCUGCCCACUGCCGCGGCAGCCAGCGCAGCGGCCUCGCGCGAAGCGGCUCUUUACUCCCCCGCGGGACGCGCCGAAGGCGGCCCGGAGACUCCGGGUCCCCGCGCGCAGCUGGGGCCUUCUGCCCCGCAGACGGGGCCCUCGGGCGGCGGAGGCCGGGGCGAGAGCAAGGAUAUUUCGCCGACGACGCACAGCCUGACCGUGUUGCGCUUUGUACGUCAGCAGCUGGACGCCGUGUGCGCCCAUCCGCCGCUCACCGCGGUGGCCUUCUUCCUCUGUUCGCGCCUCCUGACGGCGUCGACCGCCGGCGGAAGUCUCCACCUCGUGGGGCGCGAGGCGGAGGCCGUCGUCUGCGGGGUCUGGAGCCGCGCGGAGGGACGCGCCGCGGUCUGUCUACUUGGCGGUCGCGAGGUGGUGCGCAUCAUGGGCGAACUCGCGCGCCUCGCGUCGGUUCGCAGAAGCGUCUGGCCGACUCUCCUGCAGCCGCCGGAGGAGAGUCUUCUUCCACUCCUCGUCGCGCGGCUCACGCCAGCUGAGCGGAAACGUCGCGGGCGGCGGCACGAUUGGAGGCUGCAGACGGCGGAGUGGAUCGUCAGGCGAAGGAGCGACGCGUGCGAAGCUGCCCGCGCAGCGGGGGCCGCUCCGGGCGAGGCGGUGCAGUCGGAGAAACAGAGAGGCUCGUGCGAGGGCGCAGCCGCGGGCGGCAAGGCGGUAGAUGUCGGGUGCCUGCUGGGGAGCUGUCUGCUCAGUCCGGCCGAAGAAGCUUCGCUGGAAGAAGAGAUGAGAAGCGGGCUCUCGGGCCAGCUGCGCGCGUCUGCAGAGAGGACGGAAAGGCUUCAGGUUUGCGACAGCUGCAGCGGCUUGUGCUGGAAACAAGCGCUUUGUCUUUCUUCUCCCAAGAUCGCGAGCCCGCGCUCUCUCGCAGACGGGCGGCACGCGGGGGAGCGGGGCGACGCCUGGAGACAAGGGCGAGACGAGGAGAGGGGGCGUAGCUUUCCGCGGCCCCCCACUCGCAGCCGUGCGCGGGCAGGCGGCGGCGGCGCGGAUCCUUCCAGUCGUCUGGCUGCCUUUGAAGGGCAGAAGAAGCGGCCGCGCGACGAUACACCGGCGGCGGACGAAGCAGAGACUCGCGCAGACGCCGGUGGCUGCGAGAGAGCCGAGAACUUGUCUCAGCAGAAGCGAAUUCGUGCGGAGGCAAACGGCGGCAGGGAGAGCGACCAGGGACGGGAAGAGACUCCGCACGGGGCGAACGCGGCCGAAGCCGCGACUCCUUCGCCUUCGGCAGAGGCUGGCAGCCGCUCCCGCACGCUCUGUGAGGCCUGCUGGCGCUGCGUCAGGCGGACGAGGCGAGGGCUGCGGCGUGAGCUGGGUCAGGAAGGGCGUUGCGCGUUUUCUGCGGUUGCCGAGCGCGGCCAGGUCGCACGUCGGCUUGCGUGGCUCGCGGGAGAGAAGGCGCAAUCCGGCGGCGGGGCUGCCGCGCAGAAUGAGAGGACCCUCGAAGCCUCUUCUCCAACUGAGGCUUCCCAGGCGCGAGCGGACGCCGGCGGCGGCGACCCAGACGGCGACGGCGGGGCGUGCGCUCCCGCGCCGCUUCUCGACUGGCUCCUUUGUCUUCCCUCGUCGAUGCUUCUCAUGUCCCUUCUGCUUCCUCCAGGGCAGGUCCGCGACUUGCUUUUUCUGCUCACACAGAUGCAGCUGCUCGCUCUCCCCGCUCCGCCAGCGUCUGCUGCGGCGCCUGCUGAGGGAGUCUGCGGGUGGCGCGCGUGCAGCGUGGAGGGGGCGUGUUCGCUUCGAGAGGAGGCGGGCGAUAGCCGCGACCCUCUGCUCCCCUUUCUUUUCAGGGCGUCGGAAGCAAGUCAGCAGUUCUUCCUCGAGGCUUUUCAGCACAACUGGAUCUUUCCUCCCAGUCUCAUGAGCGCCCUCGUCGCUGCCACGCCCGCUCUUGCCGUCCCCGGCGGAGCCGGCAGCUACAACGUCGUGGCGCCUCAGGCCUUCGCGAUGUUUGCGCCCUUCGUUGGAGAUCUCACGCGCUUUCUGCUGCUGCUCACGCCCCUCUUUGUGACGAUUGAGGCCGUCCCGGUGUCGCCAAGUGCAGAGAAAAGCCAAGCGGACUCUCUUGGGCGCAGACCCCCUGCGGGCGACUUACACGCAGACGCUUCUCGCGGCAGCACCCCCUGGGCGUUGCCUCCGCCGCGGCGGUCCGGCGAGGACGACGGAAGAGACGGGCCGCCGCUGCGACUGCAUUCUCUGCGACUUGCCUCGCCGUCAGUUGUCUUCGCGCGGUGGCUGGUGGGCGCCAUUCAGCACAGCCUUCCGUUCCCCUUCUCCGUGGUGACGUCUGCUCACACACGCCUCGCGCUCUGUCUCGACUGGUUCUGUUUCCUGCCUCCGCAUCUGCUGCCUGAGGCGUCUUCGGCGUGCGCGGGCUCGCCUUCCAUCCCGCCUGCGUCUCUCCGCCCCGCCUCUCUCGCCUCGGCGGGCGCGCUGGUCCCUGACCUGCGUCGCAGUCCAGGAGGAUCUUCGCCGCCGGCCGCCGCGCUCGACUUCUCCAUGUGGCCGACGGCGGCUGCAUGCGUGCGCGCCUCAGAGGCGACAGGCAGUCUCCUUCGAAUCGCGCUGGAGCACUCCAAGGGCACCUCCGCAAAGGCGCGGGCCGCCGCGAGCGCCGCUGCCUCUGCGACAGCCAUGGCGCAGCAAGAGCUUCGCCUGCUUGCCUCGCAGGCGAGGCGAGGCGCUGGAGAGGCCGCCGGCGCAGCUGGGGGCGGAUGGGCAGACGGCGAGCGACGGGGCGCGUCCGCGCCCGGCAGCAGCGAGCGUUUUUCGGAGUUGCUCCGCGGCGACGACGGCCGCCAAGAGAGACUCGCCGCGGCGCGAGAGGCCGCCAAAGAGACUGUACGGCGCGCGACCGCCGCGGGGCUUCCAACCCUCUGGCAGGGUGGCGAAUUCCCCACAGUCUUUCUGCAGUCGGCGGUGGUCAAGCCGCUGCUUCAGCUGCUACUCCCCUGCGAGAAGCCGCGCGCUCCCGGCGCGCUCCCGGGGCGCGCGACGGCAGGCGAGAUGCAUGAGGCCUUCGCGUCCUGCUUCCGAGACCUCGGCGCGAAUCUAUUUGAUGUGGGGCCCAGUCCCCGCGGCCCGAGCUACAGUGCAUCCUCCCGGCUUGCCCGUCUCCUUCCGUUUGGUUUCCUUGCAUUCCAACUUGUGAAUGAAGCAUCUGUUCUGCCGCGUGACGCGGCGCGGCUUCUCGACUUUUUCGGUAACUUGCUCGCCUCGUACUCGCCAUCGUCUCUGCCUCUCUUCUUGCCGUCUCUCAUCACGGCGCUCGCCACUUUCGGGCUCUUUCAGCUCUUUCUCCUGCCUGGCUCUACGGUCGCCGCGGCUUUCGGCAGAGCGCGUCCGCCUGCAGCGGCGCUCACCUCUGCAGUGCAGAAUCACACGCUGCCUGGCCUUCUGCUGCGGCAGGCUGGCUACCCGGUUCGCGUGGCCUACAGACGCGUCGGUCCCUUCGCGGGCUCUGCCCGGACCUGCGGGGGAGACAGCGCAGGGGCUGGCGUGGCGCGACCGUCUGGAGCCCAACCAUUGGGCUCCAGAGGGGACACCGCCCUCGGGAGCAAGGAGCCGAGUGAGCACCAGGGGGCCUCCGCCGGCUGGGGCGCCAGCGAGAGAGGGCGAGCGAAGCAUGCUGCACAGGAGGGAGGCUUCCGGUGUGCCCGAGGAGCCCUGGGGCGAGGGCCGUUCGGGGCGGGAGCGCAGGAGGCGCCUGUGGGCCUGUCUGUGGGGGGGUCUCCGGCUGCAUCUGAGGAAGAAGAAAGCAGCAGCAGAGAGUCAUCUCAAGGCCGACUCGAUUGCACCCGGCCGCAGAACGAAUUCUCCAUCGAGGCAAGGCAGGGCGCCGGCGCGUCGCCGCCUGCGCAGGCCGCGGGCGCCUGCACGUUCGCGCUGUACCUGGGCGGCAGCGGCGCCCAGACCGACCUGAAGUCUGUCCUCUCCCUGCACCCGCUUCUCCUUCACGCGUGCGUCGCUGCGCUUGCGGUGAUCGCGCAGAUCGCCACGCGCUCACAAGACUUCCGCGCCCUCGGCGCCGUCUGCUGGCGGCAGGGGCACGCCGCACCAGGCGCCGGCAGAAGAGUCUCUCCUCCGCGGGCUCUGGAGCCGAACGGCGUGGACGCUGCGGCGGAGGCUGCUGCGCGAGUAGGGGCGGAGAGCCGGCAGACUGGAGAAGAUGAAGAGGCGCGUGGCGCGGACCCCGCGCUCGAGCAUGGAGGAGUCCCUCUCGCGGUAAGUGACGCCUCGCGGCCCUUUUCGUCUUCAGAGACUUCAACUGACUCGGAUUCGGAGUCCGCUUUCUCUCGAGAUGAAGACGACGCGUCUCUGAACGACUUCUUGCGUGGGCGAGCGGCUCGCGAUCUAGCCCUGCCUGUCCUCCUCUCUCGCACGCCACUCGGGUCUCGAGACCGCUGGGGGGGUGCCGGGGCGGAAGAAGGCCCUUCUUCCGCCUCGGCGCCUGCCGGUCUCUCGGAGUCGGCGCGGCCGCGGCCGGCCUCCGGGGGGGGAGACUGCGACGCGUCCACACGGGCGCGCGGAGGGGACAGGAGAGACAGGAUUUACGCGUCUUUCUGUGCACAGUCCAUUCAGCUCGGCUACCAACUGCCUCCGUUCCUCGAGCGUCAGCUCGCCGUUCGUGCUCCGUCGGUGGCGGGCGCUACAGCGGAGACAACGGGCAAGGGAGGCGAAAGCGGCAGGAGGGCGAGGAGACGCGCCCCACCUCGCGCGAGGCGGCUAGGGUCGCUCGCGCUGCUCGAUGCAGCGGCCGACGAAAAGCGGAGGUCAGAUUCCGCAAGACGGCGACCAAGCCGAGACGCGCACAACCCCGACUCGAAGGAGAGCCAAGACACGAAGCCAGACAGAGCGGAGUGCGUCUCAGAGUGCACAUGCCGCCCGACGUCGUCGUGGAGGCGUUUGCUCGUGGAGUCCCAAGGUGCGACGGCCGCGUCGCCUUUGCUUCGCUACGAACUUUCGCCUGCUUUUGCUUCGUCUCUCCGCGCUGCGCUGGGCACCGAAAGUUCGCCGCACAAAGACGUGGAGGCGGCCACGAAGGCGCGCGAUCUUCUUCACGAGGGAGAGGAGGGUUUCCCCUCAGUCGCCGCCUCCUUGUCGAGAUCGCAGCGCGGCCGAGAGGGAGAGGCUUGGCGGCGCGCAAACACGCGCGUCCAGCGCAUGAUGGGGCGAGUGAGAAGAGCCUUGCAACAGUGCGGAGGAGGCAGUUGUCUCCUCAAGAGACCGGUCGCGGCGAGCAGCCGACCGCAAGGGUGUGACGGUCGCGGUGCACAACUGUGGGCUUCUCAGGCGGUGGACUUGAAUGGCGAGAGCGAGGAGGCUCCGCUGGCACAUGCGGCUCGUCUCCUCCUUCAAAGGAUGCACUCAGACCAGGGCGUGGCUGCUUCGCUCUCAGGGCCCGCGGCGGGGGAAGGCGCGGCGGGGGAAGGCGCGGCGGGCGAGCGGGGCGGGGCGUCUUGCUGGGGGCGUCGGCCUGCGGAUGCGCCGCGUUCGGCUGGGACAGUCGAUCCCCCCCUUGCACUUCGCGGCGGCUUGAGCGAGACCGCGGAGGCGCUCUGCUUCGUUUCCUCCAUCGCGCGCGAGCUUGCCAAGCGGCGGGACGCUCCCACGCCGGCCUGCCUCGUCUGCAGGCGCUUCGCCUCCGCCAGCGCGCAACAGAGCCGAGAGACGCCUGAAGCGGAAGGCGGCGGCGACACGUUCGAGGCUGACCCGGAGUUUGUGCAUGCAGUAGAGACUCUUGGGGAGAAGAGCAAGGCGGAGCGGCGGGCGGAGGCGUGCCUCCUCGCAUGCGUCGACGCGGACAUGGAGGAGCGAACGCCAGGGGGCGGUGCGGGAAGGUUGUGCUGGCGGUCGUCCGCCCAGGAGCAGGACUACAAGCGCGCGGUGACUCUCUGGGGAGCGCUGCUGGCGGAGAUGCAACGCCGGCAGGAAGGGGGCAGGUGGCGGGAGGCGCAAGACGGCGGGACGCGAGAUGAGAAGGGGGGGAUGCCCUCGGAUCAAAAGGGAGCUACGCCGCGAACGCCGUACGUCGGCUUCAUUCUCUUGUGUCUGCUGGCGGGAGCCGCAGGGCGGGCGGCCAGCGACAAGGCGCGUUCGCGAUCCGAGCGGCCUGCGAUUGAGAGCGAAGGCGAAAAACAGGCGCCAGACGGAGAAAGAGGAGGGAUCUCCGUCUCUGAAGGGACAGGGAGAGGCGCAGGCGCCGCGGAUGACGUGUGCGCCGAGAAAAGCGAGCGUCGCGAGCGCAGCCGACUCCGCGGGGCUGAGAAUCUUCUCCGAGUGUAUCUGGAUCUCUACGGGGUGUAUGUGAGCCAGAGAACGGCGGCUCAACAGCUGAGAAACGCGCGAGGCGUCGUCGCAAGGGACCUUCAGCUGGGGCUCCCUUUACUGUGGGCGCAAGCAGAAGAGUUCUCCGAAAAAGGACAAACCGAGGCAGCCAGAGGCGGGGAUGGCGCAGCCGCGGCGGCCUCGCCUCGCAGCGGGCCUUCACCCGUCUCUUCUCCUCCUCUCGGUGAAGGAGAGGAAGACGGCAGAGAAGGCUGCCGAGGCGACGCUCAGCUGCCGUCGCCCGUUGCGCUGCUGUCACAGCUGUACCGCCUGCCCCGGUAUGUGGCUCCUCUUUUCGUCGGGCAAGCGCCACUUCUCGCUUCAGUUUUCUUCUCCGCGCCCGUCGCCGAGUUGGAGGCGCUCGCUGCUCGAUGCGGUCUCCUCCUGCAGACCAGCGCGCGGAGCGAUAACGCCGUCGCAGACCCCAGGGCGCAGCAUGAGUCGACCGAAAGAGCUGCAACAACAUCGUGGGGCGGCUCCCGUCGCGAGUCUUCUCCAGAUGCGGAGCCGCAUAGACCGUUCUUCUGUUCACUGUGCUGGUGCGCACGCGCGAGAGGCUUGAGACGAUCGACAGCGACGAGCGGGAAGCCGCGAGAAGGUGCACGCGGCUCGUCGCAGCGAUUUUAUCCGCUCUUUACUCUUCCAUCGUGGCAUCUGUUGCGCGCAGCAGAAGGCUGGGGAGUCGACGGGAACAGCGCAAGCGAGCACUGGCCGCUUGCUCGCUCUCCUGAGUUCCUUUCUGUCGUCCAGGCUCUUCUCGUUCCGCGCUCUCUCUUUCUCGGUGCGCCUUCCUCCCUGGAGUGGCGCAGCUAUCUCCUCGCCUGGCGCAUGUUUGCGAGGGAGCUGGAAGUCUAUCACUUGCUUGAUCCGCCGUCUACGUCGUUUCUUUCGCGCCCGUUGUUUCCGCUCGCUGGCUGGGCACGCCCGCCUGCCCUGUCUCCUCGGGGGCCUCCCCGUUCUCCGCCUUCGCUUGCUUCCUCCGCGGCGCCGCACGUCGGGGUGCCCCAGAGCAGUCGUUCGUCUGCUUUGCUCGGGUCAAACCCCGCUCAUUUGCAUCAGCCUGUCAAAAAUGUGCAAACUGAAGGUGGCGAGAGAGGCGAGGAGCCCGACAUCGCGCUCUCAGGCGCCGCGCAGCUCAUGGGCUCCAACCGCCUGCGCCUCGUUUCUCUGUUCGCCGGCAAAAUGAGAAGCUCGGCGUUCGGUGCUCUGCCUCUGUGGAGCGCCGGCGACGUUGGCGCUGCCAGCGAGAGCGACGUGGAAGAAGAAGCGGACGCGAAAAAGGGAAGCCUGUCGUCCGUAUCUGCCUCUUGUCGUUCCUCCCUCGUUCUCCUUCCGUCCUUCUCCGUUUCACCAGCGACGCCGUUGUGCGGCGCGCCCUCCUCCUUCCAUCUGCAUCUUCUUGAGAGUCUUCUGUCCCUUCUCGCGUCCUACUUUUCGUCUUCCGGGUCUGCCAGCUUCUCUGCGGGUGGUGGCGCUCCGCCGACUGCCCCUCCCGGAGGGCGGGGGCCCGUGGAGCCCAAGGCGGUCGCGGGAGGGCGUGGGGCGCCACCUCAUGGAGGCGUCGCCGCGUCUCUAGCCCGUGCCUCCCCUGCGGCGGAAGGCCUCCUCGGAGCAUUUUUGGCUUUGACGCCGUUGGUCGCUGCUCUGCGGCCGACGCUGAGCGUGCUUCAGCAAACGCUUUUUUCGCUUUCGUGUGCGCCGCCGCCGGAGCACGCGCCGGCAGAAGGGCAUGCAGCUGUGGCGACGGAGACGAAGCGUGGAGGCGCGACCGAAGGGGUGAGGGUUGUCGAGCUCCUCGCCGGCGCGCUCGUCUCCUGGCUGCUGCAGUGGUACGCUGCAGACGCGGCACGGUUUCUUGAUUUGCUCACGCUUCUGAAGGCGCAGCCUUCUCUGUUUUGGGCUCCGCCUACGAGCAGCGGCACGGAGCCAACGGGAGGGUGGGGCGGAGACGUGGCUGGAGAGAGGGCGCGAAGGCCGCGGAGUGGUGGCAAGGGAGAAAGAGGCCGACGGAGUCGCGGAGGGCGAGACGGCGGCAGGAAGCGCAGAGAAAGCACCGACGAUAGAGAAGGCGCGGAAGGGGAAGAGGAAGAAGAGGAAAGGGCGAAGGCCGUCUGGCGAGCAGAAGAAUGCGGUCAGGGAGUAUGGGAGCGCAUCGCCGUGCAGGUCGCCGCCUUUGCGACUCGUCAUGCGGGCUCCGCGCGCCGGGGGGACUCCUCUGUGCCUGUCAUCCGCCUGCGUCUCCUUCCGCUUUUCUCUCCCCGACCGCAGGCUGGAGCCGGAUGGGCGCACGAGGAGGCGCGGGCACGAAGUCUCCACGUGAAAAGGGAGGGAAACUGCAUGCAGUCCGAGGCCCUGGCGGACGCCGACGCCGCUCAAGCGUGCGAAGAGGUGACUGUGAGCGACGUGCAGAGAUUGUGUGCGCUCCUGAUGGCCCCAGGCCCCGCUGUCCCUUCCGUCUCCGCUUCUCCGCAGUUCGCUUAG